AUAGCCUUUCUUCCCGAAAUUGAGAUUGUUCUUGAUUUUUUUGUUCAGUUUUAAUGCAGCUUGGAUUACAGACGAGAAUGUCUCAUACGAUGUCCCAAGAUCCCCUUAAUCGCUUGCGAGCAGAAAUUGUUUUGGAAGUAACUUUCGCCAUUCUGGUUUGCCUUGCUUCCGUAAUUGGUAAUGUGCUGGUUGUUUAUGUCGUAAAUAAAUACUCUGAGAUGCAAACCAUCACCAACAUUCCUAUUCACAAUCUUUCACUGACUGAUAUUAUCAUGGCGAACCUUAACAUGCCAUUCUGGAUAACGAGCUUAUACUCGGGAAAGUGGAUUCUGAGCCAGGAAUGGUGUGAAGUUUCUGCAACAGUACAACAUACUAUGGGUUUGGCCACCUCGCUCAUCAUGGGCUUAAUUGCCCUGAACAGAUACAUGAAAGUCGUCAAGCGAACCAUUUAUAUCAAGUUCUUCCCAAGUAAAAGAGCAGCUUGGUUGUACUGUGGUCUCGUCUGGCUGGUUUCUGUGCUAUUCGCCACACCUCCAUUGUAUGGAUGGGGAAAAAUGAACUUUGACUCAGACUCUUUAAUUUGCAUAUUCAACUGGAAGGAUGGACACUUUUCUUUUGUCAUAUUGCUUGGAGGGUUCUUCGACGUGACAAUGGUUGCUAUAUUUUACUCCUAUUGGAAAAUUUACCAAACAGUGAAAGAAAGCACAGAUAAUGUCAAUGCCAAUGUUCUUCAAAAUGGCGUCGGCGCAACGAGAUUCCACCGUACUGACAUCGAUGUUUUAAAGAGUUGUUUUACAGUGGUUUGUUUCUUUUUAAUUACAUGGUUUCCUAUAGCCGUAUGCACUUUUACAAUAACUAGUGGUGGCUACUUACCACAUGAGGUGCGUAAGGUAUCUGUGUAUUUGUUUUUCGCCAGUAGUCUUGUAAACCCAAUCAUCUAUGGGAUAAUGAAUCCGCAGUUUAAAGAGGCCUUCAAAAAGGCAUUUAGUUGUGGUCGUUAUGGCAGCGAUAAUACAGAUCAAAGUCAUGCAAGAGUUGCAGCAGUAAUAAUACAUCCGAGGAGCAAUGAAACUUGAUGACGUUUGUCCUGAAUAUCUAUCAUUUAAUGAUAGAUCGUGAUGGCACGUUAAAAAGUUUUGCGUGUCAUCAUGGAAGUUUCGGGUUAUAUUAAUGUUCGUUGGAAAAUUAAGUCAUUCUAGGUCGGUUUGUCCUGUUUGAACAUUUGGUUUUUUGUAUGUAAUGUAAUUUUCAUUUUCCAUCUCCCUAUAAAAUACCAUUACAAUCAUGAUUUUUUCUUUGUGAUUAAUAGUGUAACCAGGUUAGUCAACUCUUUCCUCGGGGUAUAUAAAGGAACAAAAAAAAGUG